AAAUAAGUGAAAGAGAAUUUGAAGAAUUAAAAAGAGAAAUAAUAAAUAUUCAAGAAGAAAUAACUGAAAGGUUGAGGAAAGCAACAAAGUCAAGAAAUAAUAGUUUCAAACAACAGUUAAAAAUAAUAACCGAAGAAGAAGACGAAAUGGAACAACAAAACCUGGAGAAUCUAAUAGAAGAAAACAAUCAGGAAAAAUAUAAUAUAUUUGACCCUGAAGAUAAUAAUUCAGUUGAAGGAGAAGAAAAUAGAGAACAAGAAGAAUUAGAAGAUUAUAAUAUAUUAAGUGAAGGAGAAGAAAAUAGAGAACAUGAAGAACCAGAAUAUAACACU